AUGACGCCUCAGCAGCUCGUGAGAGAUUCAUCUGGCCGAUCCACGUCCCGGGAAAUCCACGACCAGCAUGACCUGACACUGUCGCGCACACCACGUCCAUAUCUUCUGCGGCCAGAGAGCCUGAGGACGGCGGCGCAUCCCCACCGACCUGACAAUGGCUCCGACGUCGUCUCCUCCAACGGAUAUGUUCCCUCCCCCAAACCCAGUCGUUCCGAGUCCAGCGAGAGCGGCACAGAGGCAGACGAUGAGAAGGGACCUUUUCUCAAGGGGCUUCCAGCGCCGCCUCCACGUUUGCACAAGGGACUGCGAGGAACUUCACCCGCCAACUUGACUCCGGCUCAUAGUCCGCUUCCCACCCCGCCAGCCUUUGUUGAAGGAGACGGGCCUCGAUUUUUCGACUCGACACAGAAGCCUGGGAAAAAGCAACAACGGACAAAGGAGCAGGUGAGAGACUAUGAGGCAUACAAGAAACGGAAGCGGCGCGAGAUUGUUCGACGAUGUACCGAGACCUCACUCCUUUGUGGCAUUGGGGUGGUCGUCUGGAACAGCAGAGGGGGCUCAACCGGUCUCAAGGACUGGCUCAACGAAGUCACGGCUUUUCUCUUGAUUCCUCCAUGCGUCUAUCUGCUCUAUCCGCUCAGGCUCACGAUGCGUGCUUUGGCUGCAAGAAGAUCCAUUCUGCAAGCACUCAGGCUAGGAUUCCACAUCCCCUCUCGAUUUGACCCUGGCCCUCUGUUAUAUCCGGUGACGCUGCCACUAAUGAUAUCCAUUUCUCUAUUUCACCAGAGUGUUGCGUUUCUCCCAGCAGCAAUCAUCUGUGGACUAUCGUCGAUACCCCCACUAAUCACAGCAACGCCCAAGAUUCCAGCCAUUGGCGUGCAUCUGCACUGGCUCUUGUCCAUCGUACCCCUACAUACCUCGAAAUACCGGUUAUCGUCUGCGUCAAUACCGAAGCCAUUGUCUCUGAAACUCGACCCCGGCUCUCCCUUGACCAGGGAAGACCUGGUGGUCUUAUUUCCGUUGCACCAGGCUUUAAUCUCGUUGCUCGGUUACCUCACGACCUCAAGUCUGGAUGUAUCAGAACUACAUCUCCUUUCGUCAGCACUGAUAAACCUCUACAUUUUCGCUCGGACGCCCCAGGCUGAGAUUCUCAAGGCGAUGAUAUGGCUGGGAGGGUUGAGCAUUUUCAUUACAUGUAAAAAUGUUCUGAUGUGGGAGGUCGCCCUAGCGCGAGUGCCCACUUGGAAGCUAUUGCGCUCACGGCGGCCCGGGGGGUUCAUCUCCAAGUUCGAUCAGUGGAUAUGCAGCUUCCUCGUACGCAGCCGACAUCAACGCGUGCAGGCGGACAGUUCGGACACUGAAGACGAGGUGCGGCCCAUGAAUUCUAUCCCGAGACUGAGACCCCGGUUGAAGCUGCAGCUUAAUGGCAGAGCUUUUUCUGCCACAGGAUCUGCCCAGGAGCCAGUGUCGGCGUUUGACGUGCCACUUUCCAAGGCUACUUCGUUGGAUACCGCGGCGUUGUCGGCACCUCUUCGACGAAAUACGUUCACGGCCUUUGAUCAGAGUGGCCGCAGGCAGCAGAUAGCAACCGCAAAGAAAGUCAAGCCAGCUCCGACUGGCCCUUCGGCGGCAUUCCUCGCAUUCAGCGUGGCACAAGCUCGAGUCCGAAAGUAUGCGUAUGCGGCGACCGCCUACCUGUUUGUGAUUGUCACAAUCCUGGGACCGGUUCGGCUCUACGUGGGUCAACGAGCGUUGUCGAACCAUGAACCCGUAGGUUGGGCGUUGGGAUAUUUACUCGGCAAUCUACCCAUCUUCCGACUUUGGGUGGUAAGCAACAACCUCGAACGAUGGAUCUGCCUCCCCGCUCGAGAAACGGACCGCGCCCUGCCGUUCAAGGACGGUGUUAUUGAAUAUGCCCGCCAACAUGCUCUUGGACCAGCCACUACACGCCUCAUCAUCUGUGCUUACUGCCUUUUGGUGCUCAUGGCUGGAAUAGCCGCGGUGCUUCGCCUCACGUCGGUCGUCGAAGUCGACACAAGACGCAAAGUCUUCCAUGGCAUCAUGGUUGCAAUGCUCUUGCCCACCGUAUUUGUUGACCCCUGUUUUAUUGCGUUGGCGCUCAGCUUGAUUUUGGCGAUUUUUCUCCUCCUCGACCUGUUCCGAGCGUCACAACUGCCUCCGAUCUCGAAACCAUUGACGGUUUUCCUGGCCCCUUACGUGGACGGGCGGGAUCAUCGCGGGCCUGUGAUUGUGUCGCACAUUUUCUUGUUGAUUGGAUGUGCAAUCCCGCUAUGGCUGUCCCUUGCUGCCGCCCCACGCGUGGGCCAAGAUCCUUGGGCUGGAUGGGAUACCACAUUGCGUGACUUGAGCAUGGUGAGCGGCGUUAUAUGCGUGGGAUUGGGGGAUGCAGCGGCCAGCUUAAUUGGACGGCGUUAUGGCAAGACGAAAUGGUACUGGGUCGGAGGGAAGAGCUUGGAGGGCAGCCUUGCGUUUGCGUUUGCGGUCACCUGUGGUCUGUCGGCGAGUUGGCUCUGGCUUAGAGUGGGCGGCUGGGCCUCGUGGCAUGGCGGCGAUUCUUUUAUACUCAUGCUGGGGAAGUGUGUGGUUGCGGGGACAGGGGCGAGCCUCCUGGAGAGUACCUUGACCGCUGCCAACGACAAUGUGGUCGUUCCGGUUGGACUAUGGCUGCUGGUCAGAGGCCUGGAUAUAUAA